AAUCUCGUUGGACUUUUCAAACUCAGGAACCGCCAACCAAAAUCGCUAUUUUCUUCGCUGUUCUCUAUAUAUUAUAAUAUAAUUCAUUAUUCAUCUUAGCCUUUAUAAUAAAAAAUUAAACUCAUAUUUUAGUGUACCCAUUUGCCUCAUUAGAUCGGGUGUGCUGCAAAAUUUUCAAAAAGCUUCUCUUUUCUCUAUUGGGUUUCCGCCUUUGGUUGAUUUCAUUGCCAUGGCUCCAAAGGAUCCCAAGCAAGAAGCUGCUGCUGCUGCUGCUUCUGGUGGUGGAGGUGGUGGUUUUUUUGCUUCUAUUGCUUCAAGUUUGUCCAAUUUUGGCAGUGCCAUGUCCAAAUCCGUUAAUGGUUUGGUGGGCUAUGAGGGGCUGGAGGUUAUUAAUCCAGAAGGAGGAACUGAAGACGCUGAAGAGGAAGCCAGAAAGGGACGAUGGAAAGAAGAGGAACGGGAUAGUUACUGGAAAAUGAUGCAAAAGUAUGUUGGCUCUGAUAUCACAUCAAUGGUGACACUUCCAGUCAUCAUUUUUGAGCCAAUGACAAUGCUGCAGAAAAUGGCUGAGCUUAUGGAGUAUUCUCACUUGUUAGAUAUGGCAGACAAGGCUGAGGAUCCAUACAUGAGACUUGUAUAUGCUUCAUCAUUCUUUAUAUCUGUCUACUAUGCUUUCCAACGAACGUGGAAGCCAUUCAAUCCAAUCCUUGGUGAGACUUAUGAAAUGGUUAACCAUGGCGACAUAACAUUUAUAGCAGAGCAGGUCAGUCAUCACCCUCCCAUGAGUGCUGGGCAUGCUGACAAUGAGCAUUUCACUUAUGACAUAACAUCAAAAUUGAAAACCAAAUUUCUUGGCAACACAGUUGAUGUAUAUCCUGUUGGAAGAACACGUGUUACCCUGAAAAGAGAUGGUGUGGUCCUUGAUUUGGUGCCUCCGCCUACUAAAGUUAGCAACUUGAUUUUUGGACGAACUUGGAUUGAUUCACCAGGGGAGAUGAUCGUGACAAAUCUUACUACAGGGGACAAAGUGGUGCUUUAUUUUCAACCAUGUGGCUGGUUUGGAGCUGGUCGAUAUGAAGUAGAUGGAUAUGUGUACAAUGCUGCUGACGAGCCUAAGAUACUGAUGACUGGAAAAUGGAAUGAGGCUAUGGGUUAUCAAGUUUGUGACUUAGAGGGAGAACCACUUCCGGGCACUGAGCUCAAAGAGGUAUGGAGAGUAGCCGAUGUGCCUCCAAAGGACAAAUUCCAGUACACACAUUUUGCACACAAGAUUAACAGCUUUGACACUGCUCCCAACAAGUUGUUGGCUUCUGAUUCUCGUCUACGUCCCGACAGAAUGGCCCUUGAGAAGGGUGACCUAUCCACGUCCGGCUAUGAGAAGAGCAGGAUGGAAGAGAGGCAAAGAGCUGAAAAGAGAAACCGAGAAGCCAAGGGCCAUAAGUUCACUCCUAGAUGGUUUGAUCUAACAGAUGAAGUAACUGCUACACCUUGGGGUGACUUAGAAGUUUACCAAUACAAUGGUAAAUAUACUACACAUCGUGCUGCUGUGGAUAGUUCUCAGUCCAUUCAGGAUCCUGAUAACAGACCAGAGUUCAGCCCUUGGCAGUAUGAUAAUUUAGAUGCUGAAUAAUAAUAAGCGUCCUUCUGGAAUUCUUUCUAUUUUUUUUUUAAACGGUCAUUUUGUUAUUAAGUUUGUAAUGUAUCUUGAUUCGAAUGCUUGAAAUUUGGUUUUGGAUUUUUGGGGUUGUGUUUCUUUUUAUUGUAGUAUUUGGUUAAUUGUUUGUAGCCAUAUUAGUUCAUUAGUCCACUUUACAAAGAUAAAUGUUAGUAGGGAAUCAAUAGUUAUCAUCCUUGCUCCUUGUGACACUUCUUCCUCACUUGUAUUUGUAGAGGUAUCACAUGUUUACUCCACUAUAGCAGUUUCUUAACUUUUGCUUUCACUUCGUUACUUCUGUUCAUCUCUAUAAUAAAUUUUACAUGUGUCUUCCAAG